AUGGAAUACUCUAUUAACUUAAGAGUACCAGAGCCACUCAGUUAAAAGUUCCAUGCAGAAGUAUAUUUUGACCACGAUUUGCAAAAUUAUGUUCUUGUGGAUCAAGGCAGUCAGAAUGGAACAGUUGUUAAUGGAAAUCAGAUUCUCCAGCCUAAAACAAAAUGUGAUCCCUACAUCUUGGAGCAUGGAGAUGAAGUGAAGAUUGGUGAAACUGUACUUUCUUUUCAUAUACAUCCUGGCAGUGAUACUUGUGAUGGAUGUGAACCAGGACAAGUCAGAGCACAUCUUCGCCUGGAUAGGAAAAAGGAAACUUCUGUUUGCCCAGCACUUAGCAAAGAAGAGAGAGAGUUAGUCAGAAGAAAAGCAUUAAAACAAAUACGGGUAAAAUAUGGUUUACAGAACGCAGAGUAUGAAGACAAAAAAGCAGUGAAGAAUCCAAAGUACAAAAAUAGAGCAGGAGAGCGCAGAGAGACCAUUGGAAGUGAAGGAACCUUCCAGAGAGAUGAUACUCCAGCUUCUGUCUAUAUUGAAAUCAGCAACAGCAACAAAGGACAUAAAAUGUUGGAGAAGAUGGGAUGGAAAAAAGGGGAAGGCCUGGGCAAGGAUGGUGAUGGUAUGAAGGAUCCGAUCCACCUUCAGUUACAUAAGAUGCAUGCAGGUUUGGGUACAAGUAGACCAGCCUCAAUUGAAGAUGUUCAGAUCAUCCAGAGCAAGAAUAAAAAGAACUGGGAUAAAGCAAGAGAAAGGUUUGCUGAAAACUUCCAGGAACCUAAAUCACAAAAGGAUACACCUAAGAUUACGCCUUGGGUUAGAGGGACUGUAAAGUAUCUGGUCCCACAAAAGG